AUCUGUCUCCGUGUUGUAUGCUAUGCUAUGCUAACACGCUACAACCUGUUGGCCAUCAUCCGUGUUGUUGUACCGCUAACUUCGUUUACACUCACGGUUAAUUGCCCGUGUUCACUUGGAUUUUAUGUUUAUGUGCUAUGAAUGUCAUUGCGGGUUUGGGUAAUUUGAUGACCCACAAAGCAAUGCUAACACGGUGUGCCUGAUUAGUGUUAGCUUUAGCUAAUCGUUGUUGUGUAUGUUGGUGGACAGUGAGCUAGCUGUGUGCUCGGUUAGUCUGCUUCUUAUGAUAAAUUGAAUUAAAUAAAAUUAGGUAUGAGUGUUUUUGUAUUGUAUUUACUAAUAACUUUCAGAAGUAACCAGUCGCAGGGUUUCUUGUUGUCUUCGUUUUGAUUUAGACAACACAUGCUUUUCCUGUGUACUAAACAGUACUGAACCAAUAAAUCAGCCAUAUAUCCAGCUGAUAUAUCAGCUGAUAUUAAGCCAUUGUCAAUAUAUUGUUAUCAGUAUUUGGUGUGAACAUCUUUUGUCUUUAAAACACCAUAAAUUCUCUUUCUGCCUUAAUAACAGUGACUGAUUGAUUACUAAGGGGAAAAGGUAAUUAAGGACUAAUUGUGUAUUUAUUUUCUACCGUAAAUCUUAAGUCUUUAUAGUUUUGAUUUUUUUUGUAUAUUCUGGGUGCCUGGUGUCUCUUUGCUGCUGUGACGGAUGCAAUUUCCCCAUUGUGGGACUAAUAAAGGUCUAUCUUAUCUUAAACUAUGCACAGGUUCAAAAAGUAACUGUCCUGUUUGUGUGUAACAAAGCUGUUGGGCUAAAAUUAGAAAACCACAACAUGAAAAUACUAAUGCCUUUCAAUAACUUUUUGUGUUUCUGAUUUGAAGUCACACAGGUCGCACUGGAUGGGCCGGUUGGUAACAUUUGGGGCCAGUUGUUAACAUCUUUUAGGCCUAUACAUGUAACAUCAGUGCACAAUGGGCAGUCACUUCCGUAGCUACAUCUGGGACCCGGUCCUCAUUGUGUGUCAGAUUGUGUUGAUGCAGUGCAUCUACUACGGCUUCUUGGGCCUGUGGCUGGCUGGAGUGGACAGUCUGGUUCAAACUAGUCGGUCACUGAACCAGAUCUUCAGCUACGAAGCCCUUGGCUUUGCAACAAUGCAAGGGAGGCUCUCAAUGAUGGCAUUCAUCUUGAACUCUCUCACCUGUGCCCUUGGUCUGUGGUUCUUCAUCCGUCGAGGGAAACAGUGCCUGGACUUCACGGUCACUGUGCACUUCUUCCACAUGAUUGCCUGCUGGAUCUAUAACGCUCAUCUCCCAGCUGCCCUGUCCUGGUGGCUUGUCAAUGUAGCCUGCAUGGCCUUGAUGGCUGUUAUUGGAGAGUACUUGUGCAUGCGGACUGAGCUCAGGGCCAUUCCAGUCAAUACUGGACCUAAGUCUAACCUGUAAAUUUUUGUCGACACCAUGGUGAAAAUCUGUGGACAGUUAACCCUUGAGGAGCUCGCUCAGAGGAGGUUUUUCCGCUGUUGUUAAAUGAAAUGGAACAUGAACCUCCAUCAGCAUAUGUGUUGGACUGUCAUGCAUCUCCUCUUUAAGUGAUACGUCAGAUGAACUGACUUAUUUAUUCAUAGCUGUCCUUUAAAUGUUGGACGCUGUUAACUGUGUAAGAUACAUAUUGAAAUGUUUAUGAGAGCAGGCAUCAGUUUACACCCUUCUCUGAAACAACUAUAGAUAGAUCUUUUUUUUCUUGUUAAAAUUUAGUACAUUAGGAUGAGCAUCCAUUCCCUCUUUUUAAAACAUUUUAGGUUUUCCGUAUUUUUCCCUUUUCACACCCAUAGAAAAUAACAAAUUGAAACUUUAGGCCAAAACAGAAAGCACAACAAAUGUCAAAGCUAGACAUUUUUCCUCUUUCGGUGCAUUGUGUUGUUGAUGCUGGUUUGGCAAACGAACAUAAUGACCAUCGUGUUACAGGAUACUGAUAUUUUGGUUUAAAAAUAGAGAUGCCAGUGUGCAGAGUUACCUAUCACAGUCUCUACCUUAUAUUUUUUCUUGUACAGUAUCUGGAUGUAAAAGUGAGAUGUUGGGUAACAAGUUCAGUAUUCAGAAAGGUGUACUGUAGUUGUCUUAGACACAGUAGUCAAUCAUUGCGUAAACCCAAAUGUAGGAGAGAGAUUUCUGCUUUAUAAUCUCAACACAUAAUCUGUCAGUGGUAUAAAAUAAGUCUUAUUCUUCCCUCUCGGGUUAAAGUUUGUACAUUCAGUCUCACACUCCUCGUCAUAGGCUUUCCUUGUCAAGCUUGUACAGCAUUUUGCACGGCUGGUGUUGUUUGUUUUCCUCUCUUUAUUAUGCAGACAAGGUGGCCACUUGGGGGACAGUUUUUCAGCCACCGGCUGCGUUCUGACAGCAGGCUGUGUCUCUGUGUCCAAAAACACUGUCACUGUUUAUGGGGACAUGACUUGAAAAGUCCUGAAAUGUGCACCACUGAUGGUUUUUGGAACAAUGUCAGCUUUAUCGUUUGGUGACAGCUUUUAAAACUCAUGUCCAAAUUAACAGAUUAUGAUUACAGCACCUGUAACACAUGCUCAUAUACCUUUUCAUUCUGUGCGAUGAUAGUGAGGACUAUGCAGUGUCUUGUUUUGAGAUCAGGUCUCUAAAGUGUAGUACAAGUACAUCAUUAUCAUGCAGGGGUUAAUAUUUAAAGGACUAGUUGACAUUUUGGGAAAUGUGCUUUAUUGUUAGAAUUAGAUGAGAAGAUUGAUACCACUCACGUCUGUACAGGAAAUAUGAAGCUGGUCAGCUUAGCUUAGCUCAGACACUGGGAGCAGGGGGUAAACAAAACCCCACUACUAGCACCUCACCACUGUGUAACAUGUUAUUUCUCUUUGGUUAAUCUGUACAAAAACAGAAGUGUAAAAAUGACACAUCACAACUUAUUGUUUUGACACUGUGAUUUUUCUAUGAAUUAAACAAAAGAGAUAUAUUAAGUGAUAAUUAGCUUUAGAGGUGCUGGUAGGUAGAAUGCGUGACCCCCUGCACAGAGCCAGGCCAGCCCUUCCCCCUGUUUUCAAUCAUUGCACUGAGCUGAACUAAUCAUCUUCUGUCUUUAUCUUUGUAUUUCCCUUACAGUCAUGAGAGUAGGUAUCGAUCUUUGUUUCUACCCAUAGGCAAGAAAGCAAAUAAGAGUAAAUCCCAAAAUUUCAAACUGUUCCUUUAAUUUAUAUAUAAACUCAUGACUACUCAACUAACAGUGGCUGUGCUGAAAGUUUUCAUAUGCAAUGCUUCCUUUUUAUUCUUCAACAUAACUUUAGCUUUUAUAAUGUAUUUAAAUACAGAGAACUCGAGAGAUGGACCUAUUCAUGUUAAUUAUAUUCUCUGACUUGUCUGGAAACAUCACAGUCAUAGUGUACAUAUAUAUAUUUUUGUCUCCUCUCUGAAGAUUUAAUGUGGAGUGUUUGCACCAGCAUCAAGAACGUUUGGUACAAUGCAAGUUCUUCUGUGAAAAUGCUGUUUAAUAAAACAUGACCAGUUUUGGUUGAUUGAUACAAAUGUCUCAGUCAGGAAAGUGUAGGUGAAAAAAAAUAAUUGGCCAUUAUGUUUCAGACGUCAAAGAUAGAUCUUCUAAUGAGGGGAACACUGCAAAUGUGUCUGUAGCACUCCUAAGGUUUUCCACCCUGGGCCCUGAUCCCUCAUUUUCUCCCACCACUGCCUUUGCUGGAAGUGUCCAGGUGGAAAGAAGCAGAUGGGAGAGCACUAACGAGCAAAAAAAUGCUGGUUGCGAUCCUAAUUACCAACACUUAGCUUCAGGGUGGACUAAAAACAGAAACUCGCUAGUAAAUGAGUCGUACGGCAGAGGACUUACUGCAUCGAUUAAAUGCUCCACUAUUUUACCACUUUGUGUUUCUACAUCUUUGCUAUUCAUUAUUUUGCUGAAGGUGAUGCACACACACACGGUAUAAUUUAAACAUGGUGCUUUAUUAUUACAAACACAUUACUUUGCCAUAUAUUGCUUUAUACAGUCUUGUAAAUAGUGUGCUUGUGUAUCAGUAAGUUGAAAAAAAAAUCCCAUGGAUACUGAACUUGUUUUUACAUUCAGAAGUUCUUUCCAUGUCUAAACUUACUUUAGGGUUCAUUUUUAUGGUAUAAUGCUUAUGAUAACACAGUCAUUUUCAUGCUUUCAUCAACAGCAUAUGAAGAGAUAAGAGUCCUCUUUUACGAAGUGACCUUACAGUACAUAUUGCUCAUGCUUGGAGGACACCACAACUGGUUUUGUCUUCUCACCACCAGACACACAAUGGAUGACAUUAUGCUACCACUUGUGAAUUAUUAAAUAAAUAGAAACAACUAGAACAAACAUGCUAAUGUAAUCUUGGUAGGGAUGGGUGGCUAAUGACUGCAUAAGAAAGGAUGCUGAUACACUGAGGAGCUAGCAUAAGUUCAUGCACAGAUCAAUACCACUGUACACUUUGUCCAAGUUAAAAUGAACAGGCUGGGUGUUUUUUUGAAGAACUGCCACAAUAAUUGUCAUGCAUUUAUGAUUCAAAAUAGAUGACAAAAAUAUAUUUUGAAGAUGUCUAUUAGGCCUAUCUAAAUUACAGGAAAUGUGUGAAUGGUGACACAAACAAACAAACAAACAAACAAACAAA